CUCUUCCUACCAAGGCAAUAAUAGAGCUGGGGCAGAAAGAGAAGCGAAGUGAGGAAAAGUGUUGGGGAGAGAAAUGACGGCAACGACAGGAGAGAAGCCACAAGAAAUGGAGAAACUAGAGAAUGGCACAGAAGCUGAGCCAGAAACCAAGUAUAGGGGAUGGAAAGCCAUGCCGUAUGUCAUAGGUAACGAGACAUUCGAGAAGUUGGGAACCAUCGGCACGGCGGCGAACCUGUUGGUCUACCUCACCACCAUCUUCCACCUGAAGAGUGUCACCGCGGCCACCACCCUCAAUAUUUUCACUGGGACUACCAACUUAACCCCUGUUCUCGGUGCCUUCCUCUCGGACACUUAUUUGGGCCGCUACAUCACUUUGGGAUCUGCUUCUGUUUCUUCACUGUUGGGCAUGCUCGUUCUCACUCUCACUGCUGCAAUCUCCAAGCUGCACCCUCCCAAGUGCGACGACCGAGGCCAAGGAUGCGCCGGCCCCUCGUCAGUGCAGCUUGCUGUCCUCCUCUGUAGUUUUGGUUUGUUGGUGAUCGGUGCUGGAGGCAUUCGGCCGUGCAAUCUAGCCUUCGGUGCAGACCAAUUCAACCCCCGUACCGUCUCCGGAAGGAGGGGCAUCAACAGCUUCUUCAACUGGUACUACUUCACUUUCACAACGGCCAUGAUGAUCUCUUCCACCUUCAUCAUCUACGUCCAAAGCAACGUGAGCUGGGCACUGGGUCUCGCCAUCCCCACCAUCCUCAUGUUCUUCUCCUGCGCUCUCUUCUUCCUCGGGACCAGGCUCUAUGUGAGAGUGAAGCCCGAGGGGAGCCCCUUAACCAGCAUUGCCCAAGUCUUGGUCGGGGCAUUUAGAAAACGAGGGUUGAAGCGACCUGAUGACCCGAAGACGUCUCUUUUCGAUCCCCCCCAUCUUAGUUCUCUUGUUUCCAAGCUCCCAUACACCGAUCAAUUCAGGUGUCUCGACAAGGCUGCGAUCAGAACUCCCAUGGACGAAAUCAAACCGAAUGGCCAUGCUGCAAAUCCAUGGAGACUAUGCAGCCUCCAACAGGUCGAGCAGGUAAAAUGUUUGGCAAGAAUCAUUCCCAUAUGGACCACAGGCAUCAUCUUCUAUGUUGCGGUUGUCCAAGAGACAACCUUCGUGGUCUUUCAAGGCCUUCAAGCCGAUAGACGCUUUGGGAAGAGCAAAUUUGAAAUCCCAGCUGCUUCUUUCAAUGUAUUCGCCAUGCUAGCCUUAACAAUUUGGAUACCUGUUUAUGAUCGCAUUCUAGUCCGAUGGCUUCGAAGAGUCACCGGCAGAGAAGGUGGCUUCACAUUACUCCAGAGGAUGGGAAUCGGAAUUGUUCUCUCGGUAGUCGCCAUGAUUGUCGCCGGACUGGUCGAAGAGCGAAGGAGGAGUUAUGCCCUUCACCGGCCGGCCCUGGGGAUUGCACCGAGCGGCGGUGCGAUAUCAUCCAUGUCCAGCUUCUGGUUGGUGCCCCAGCUCGUGCUUCUGGGUCUUGCUGAGGCUUUUAAUAUGAUCGGUCAGGUUGAGUUCUACUACAAGCAGUUUCCUGAAAACAUGAGAAGCCUCGCCGGAGGUCUGCUCUUCUGCGGGCUAGCAUGUGCUAAUUACUUGAGCGGCUUCAUGGUGACAGUAGUUCAUCGAACAACCGGUCGCCAUGGGAAGGAUGAUUGGUUAGCCAGCGACCUAAACCAAGGAAGAUUGGACUAUUUCUACUUCUUGAUUGCUUUCAUUGGAGUAUUUAACUUCAUCUUUUUUAUUGCUUUCGCCAGCUGGUAUAGAUACAAAGGCCUAGAAGAUGGCUCCGAGAUUGCCUUGGAGAAAAGCAAAUCAACAAGAUCUUCUCUUGUUUAAACUAAAACCGAGUAUCCAGAUAUCCAUGUUUGUUACUGUAUGGUAUUUUAGUCGUCACAAUAUUGUUGAAAAAUUAUCAAUGAAACUGAUCGGUGAUCAUGUUUUCCGUUAAA